ACCGAACACAGUGCGAGACACAAGUGCUCAAACGCCGGGCCACAGCGAGAGGAAUGAGUGCGACGGCCGCUUCUCAUUCAAUUGUGCUUUGGCAAUUGCAGACGCAUGUUUCAGCUGCAUCAUGGGCUGUGCUCCACAGAACUGUCUCUUUGCUCACCCCAAGAAGGAAACUUCACUCCUACCACACAACCAAGCCUCCCAUUCCCGCUUGUGUCUUCAACAAUGGUCGCGAGGUUAUCGUCAACUCCAAUUCUGCCUCAACCACCACCCCUACUUCCGUGGUAUCAUCCGAUGCUGUUGAUACCGUGUUGGAUUUGGGAGUGUUUAAGCAAAAGUGCCGGAAAUGGCAAUGGAAGGGCCAGUACUCCAUCAAUUACUUUGUCUCUUCUGAUUUAUAUUUACCUCAGACGUCGCCGACCGGUCCCCCUCUGCUCCUUGUUCAUGGUUUCGGUGCAUCGGUUCCUCAUUGGCGCAGGAAUAUCAAGACAUUAGCUCGCAAUCAUACUGUUUAUGUCAUUGAUCUUCUUGGUUUUGGGGCAUCUGAUAAGCCUCAGAGCUUUUCAUAUACCAUGGAAACAUGGGCUCAGUUGAUCCUGGAUUUCUUGGAUGAAGUUAUUCAGGAGCCAACUGUAUUAAUAGGGAAUUCUGUUGGCAGUCUUGCUUGUGUCAUUGCAGCCUCAGAUUCAGGUCAGACUCUUGUUCGAGGACUUGUUCUGUUAAAUUGUGCUGGUGGUAUGAACAAUAAGGCCAUAGUUGAUGACUGGAGAAUCAAGCUAUUAUUACCUCUGCUUUGGCUGGUUGAUUUCUUAUUGAAUCAAAAGGGAAUUGCCUCAGCAAUUUUCGAGCGUGUCAAACAGAGAGAAAACUUGAGGGACGUACUAUUGUCUGUGUAUGGAAAUAAGGAGUAUGUAGAUGAAGAGCUAGUGGAGAUUAUUAGAGAACCAGCAAAUGAUGUGGGGGCGUUGGAUGCCUUUGUUUCCAUAGUAACGGGGCCACCAGGGCCUAACCCAGUUCAGUUGAUGCCAAGAAUCUCCCUGCCUGUUUUAGUUUUAUGGGGAGAUCAAGACCCUUUUACUCCUAUUGAUGGUCCUGUUGGCAGAUACUUUUCUUCAUUGUCUUCUCGACAAGCAAACGUUAAGCUCUUCAUACUAGAAGGGGUUGGACAUUGUCCCCAUGAUGACAGACCUGACUCUGUCCAUGAAAAACUGCUCCCCUGGCUGGCCUCUCUUCCCACUUUAUAGCAGAGUGUACCUUAAUCAGAUGCUCGGGUUCUAGUUGCAAACGCUUUAACCAGAUGGCCAGAUGUCAUAUGGCCUACAAAAAUAGGUAAACUAGCCAAUUGUAUUUGAUUGGACAUUAUAUGGUUUUAAAAAUGCUAUGCACCUGACAUCUGUACAUCAUGUCGAUCCUAUUCAUUUAUAUCGGAAGGUAGACGGCAUGGUGUGAUACACUACAAAUACAUAAAGCUGGAAUUGAGGUCGUCUUGUGGAUAUAUCGUUUUUUUUUUUUUUUGGGGGGGGGGGUUGUGGUUUCUGGAGGUAUUUCCACAACUAAUUCUUCAAGGAAUUCGAGUUUCAUUUAAAGGGUUGUAAUCUCCCAGAUAAUUCUUCCGAUACACGUCUUGGAAUUAAAUUCUGAAAUGGUACUUGAGGAGUUUAGAUCUCUAU